AUGGAUUCUCAAAAGCAGACGAUCGCAGAGUUUGUAGGCACGCUUCUUCUCGUUUUUAGUGCAGGCUUGCUGCCCCUCUUAAAACUGGAGUGUCUUGAUUUUGCAGGAGCACUCGCGUUGAGCUAUGGCUUGCUGUUGCUAACAAUGAAGGGGUUGGAAGCGAAGAGCCUAAACCCAGCCCUUACUGUCGCCGAUGUGCUACGUGGGAAGUUGGAAGCUGGUGCCGCUUGUGUCUUAAUACUAGCGCAACUAGCGGGUGCCGCAAUCGGUGGCUUUCUUCUUUCCGUAUUUCUGCACGAUUCAGAUAUCUUCCCGGCCUCAACGGAGAUAGCCACCACUGAUCAGUUCAUAAUAACCCAGCUGGCCUUUAGUUCUGCGCUCGUAUUUGCUUACAUAAGGGGGGCGGGGGCCAGCAAAUAUGACGGUCCAUGGCUAGCUGCCCUCAUGUACGGGGCGUUCAUGAUCGGAGGUGAUGCGACUGCAUGUCUCAACCCAGCUGUCGCAUUGGGCGUUAGUGUGUCUCGUGGAGUCUCGGGAGCAGCAACAAACGAAACUUGGUUGGCGUUGCUCAUUCUGAUGCCCUUACUGGCUGCGGGUGCUGCUUAUCUACUGGAUAAAUCGGCACAGCACAACUUGCAGCUUUCUGAGCUCAUUGGCACCUUCUUCCUUAGUUUCGGCAUCAUUGCCGCAGCGCUGGAAGGGGGCCUUUCCGCAGCAGUUGGCCUUGCCUUCUUCUCUGCCGCUGUUGUUAGGAUGAUAGCGCCAGCGUCCGGAGGUUCCCUGAAUUGUGCAGUCACUGGGGGUGCUCUGCUGAUUGAAGGGCGCGGCAUUUCCAAAGAUGCGAUUACCAUAUGGCUGAGUCAGCUAGCUGGCGCCGUGUUAGCAGCGAUAGCUGCAGCUCAGGCCCUAGGUUCAAUGCCCUCUGAUCUAUUCCUUUUGGCAGGAGACUGGAAUAUGGUGGCCGUCUCUCUUGGGAUCAGUGCGCUCCUGAUGAUUGCCUAUUGCACAAAAUUCGGCGACUUUCUGGGCUCCCCUGCUGUGGCUUUUAUAGGAGCCGUUUACGGGGGCUCGAUCGCAGCAGCGAAGAACGUAGUUUCAAUAAACCCAUCAACAGCCUUAGGUGCAGCAAUCGCUUGGUUUGUUCAAACAGGAGAAGUACCACAACCCCUGGAGACAGCUUCUGCCGUCUUCGUUCCCGUCAUUGGCUGCAUGGCUGGUGCAAUACUGCUGCGCUUCAUCCCCUCAGAGUAUCGCAGAAGGCUGUAG